AUGUUACUCACUUUCCGAGUUAUUCAGACUUUAUCAAGGAACCUCCUCUACCUCUCCACUUCGCCUCCUCCUCUGUCUUCUUCUUCUUCUUUAGUCGCCCUCUUCUUCUUCUUCUUCUUCUUCUUAGUCGCCCUCUUCUUCUUCUUCUUCUUCUUCUUCUUCUUCUUCUUCUUUUUCUUCUUCUUCUUCUUCUAUUCCGUUUUCUUCUUCUUCCCAUUUUCCUUCAUGGUUUUUGCUAUUCUUCUUUCAUUCUCCUUCACCUCAUUUUCAUCUUCUUUGCUUCUUUCGAUUUCCGGUUUUUCCUCUUCCUCUGAAAUCAAACUCCUCCUCUCCAAUCACGAUUUCUUCUUCUUUUUGAAACUUUUUUUCUUUUUCCCAUUAAACUUUAACCUUUGGCCAUCCACCCCAAUUUCGUUGGCUGACCUCUGCGCCUUCUUCAGUCCGCCAUCAUACUUUUACAUUCCUCCGGUUACCUCCCUUCCUCUAUUUGACAAUCCCACCGUGCCCCGCGUCCGCGCUUGGCCAGGAGAUGAAGAUGAAGAUGUUGGAGCUUGGGUGCUGAAAAGGGUUAGGGAUAGAUUAGAUCUAUCUAUCUAUCUAUCUAGCUAG